AUGAAGCCCUGGAUGCAUUUCGACGACGUCGCAUGGGAACAGUCCGAGGAUGUCUCCGACAACUGGAUAAAUCAGUUUCUUGAUAUUGACGUCAAGAGACCGAUUGCAAGUUUUAUCCUGAGGCAUGAUUCUGGCGACGACCCCGAGUUUAGAAUUUGUGGCAAAGGGUAUUUCAAUAUCGUAUUACAAAUGAAGUACACAUACGGCGCGACUGAUAUCCGUUUCCCACAACCUGGCACUAUUCUUUUUCCUGAGGAAAAGACAGAGAAUGAGGUCGCUGUGAUGCGAUACCUCUCAGAUCAAACACCAAUUCCAGUUCCAUUCGUUAUUCUCUCAGGUACAAGGGAGGAGAGCCCCCUUAAACUCGGUCCUUUUAUCAUGAUGAGCCAUAUUGAUUGGACGAAAAGCAUGUAUGCGGCUCUCAACACCCCCGCGUGUCCAAUUGAAGAGCGGGGGGUUCUGAAUCCAAAUAUUGAUGAAGAUCAACUUGGAUUACUAUACGCGCAAUUAGCCAAUGUCCUGCUUCAGCUUUUCAAGACAGAAUUUCCCCGAAUAGGGUCCCUCACCCAGGUGGAUGACUUUUCCUGGGAGGUCACCCGCCGGCCAUUAUCCAUGAAUAUGAAUACCUUGGUGCGUUUAGGGUCACUGCCUCGAUCCAAACUUCCGCCUCUGGAUGCCACUUUCAAUACAGCAUCUUCCUAUAUCGAAGCUCUGGCGCAACUUAAUAUGCAACAUUUAUUCCAUCAAAGGAAUGAUGCGGUGCAGUCUGCAGAUGACUGUCGCCGUAAGUACGUGGCAAGACAGCUGUUUUACAAGCUUGCCAGGGACAAGAAAUUAUCACUACCAUUGUACGAGAAUGGACCUUUCAAACUCUGGUGUGAUGAUUUCCGACCAGCCAAUGUUCUUCUCAAUGAAGAUAUGCAUACUGUCGGCGUCGUGGAUUGGGAGUUCACAUACGCAGCACCCGUGGAGUUUUCAUACGCGCCGCCAUGGUGGCUUCUUAUCGAAAGGCCCGAGUACUGGGCUGAAGGUAUCGAGGACUGGGCCCGAGUAUUUGACCGCCGCCUCAAGACCUUCCUAGCAGCCAUGAGAAACUGUGAAGGUGCUGUCGUCCAGCAUGACCAGCGCCGGCUCUCGAGUCAUAUGCAACGGAGUUGGGAGAGCGGCGACUUUUGGAUAGUGUAUGCGAUCCAGAACAGCUUUGCGUUUGACGAGAUCUACUGGAAGAAGAUCGACCCGAGGUUUUUUGGGCCGACGAAAACCGACGAUCCUAGCGAGGCAUGGAAAGAGCGGUUGGAACAGCUGGAUGAAGCUCAAAGGGAUGAGAUGGAACAGCUGGUGACGAGGAAGCUCGAGGAGAUGGAACACAGGGUAUUGGUGUGGGAUCCGGAUGAGUAUACUGAAGAAUUUCGCCAGAAGCUGAAGAGAACGAGGGAAGAAAAGGCAAGGGAGGAACAGGCUCGCGAGACUCUGAAUUGA